GAAAGCCUCCCUUUGGCAGACCACUACUUAUCCAUAAAUCCCCCACGACCCCCCUCGCUUCCUCGUUGUAAAAAGAGAGCAGGAGAGUAGAAAGGGAAAGAAGAGAAGUCUGAGCAAGAAAGGAGGAGAGAGAGAGAGAUGUCGAAGGAGGUGAGCGAGGAGGCGGAGCAAGCGCCGGUGAAGGACUACACCGAUCCGCCGCCGGCGCCUCUGCUGGACAUGGGAGAGGUCCGGCUGUGGUCCUUAUACCGGGCCGUGAUCGCCGAGUUCGUGGCCACCCUCCUGUUCCUUUACGUCACCAUCGCCACCGUCAUCGGCUACAGGGUCCAGUCCCAGAACGACCAGUGCGGCGGCGUCGGCAUCCUUGGCAUCGCCUGGUCCUUCGGCGGCAUGAUCUUCAUCCUCGUCUACUGCACCGCCGGCAUCUCCGGGGGUCAUAUCAACCCGGCGGUGACGUUCGGGCUGUUCCUGGCGAGGAAGGUGUCGCUGGUGAGGGCUUUGCUGUACAUGGUGGCGCAGUGCCUGGGAGCCAUCUGCGGGGUGGGCAUCGUCAAGGGGAUCAUGAAGCAACCCUACAACUCUUAUGGUGGAGGCGUCAACGUGGUCGCUUCCGGAUACUCCAAGGGCACCGCCCUCGGCGCUGAGAUCAUCGGCACCUUUCUCCUCGUCUACACCGUCUUCUCCGCCACCGACCCCAAGCGCAGCGCCCGUGACUCCCACGUCCCGGUCUUGGCUCCACUUCCAAUCGGGUUCGCAGUGUUCAUGGUGCACCUGGGCACCAUUCCCAUCACCGGGACCGGCAUCAACCCGGCCAGGAGCUUGGGACCUGCCGUCAUCUUCAACCAGGAUAAGGCCUGGGACGACCAGUGGAUCUUCUGGGUGGGACCGUUCGUGGGGGCGUUGGCCGCGGCGGCGUACCACCAGUACAUCCUAAGAGCGGCGGCCAUCAAGGCGCUGGGAUCGUUCCGGAGCAACCCCCGCAACUGAGCUUGGAAGGAGUAAUUAGUAAAGUUACCAGGAAAAGAGGAGGUGGUGGUUGAGAUGGGUGUAGAAGAAGGCUCGCUCUUUGUUUCUCCUUUGAUCUGCUGUGUAUGUGAGAGAGGAGAGACAGAGACAGAAGAAGGGAGAGAGUUGUUGUUGGUUUCACUUUACCUUCUUUUUCUAGUUUCCUUUUGUGCUUAUCUCCGUCUGGUGUAACGUAAUGUAAGGGUGGGUGGAUGUGUGUUUCAUUUGUUGGAUUAAGUCGGGGAAUUAAAUUAAAUGGUCUCUGUUGUUCUCCUGUUGCUGUUA